UGGUGGGGUGUUUCUCUCUGCUCUCUUCUCCAUUUCUUGGAACCUUCAUUUCCCUUCUUCUCCUUUUGUAUCUAUUAGCGUGCGCAAAUUUUUAUAGACAUAUAUAUAUAUAUAUUUAUAUUCUGUGCGAAGGUUGGAACAUUGGAGAGAAUAUCUAGUUUAAGGAUUCAGAACCGUAAGAACUUUUUAUUUUUUCCAAGAAAAACUUUCCUUUUUUCCUUAAAGAAAGAAAAGAAGAAAAAAGAGAAUGGACUCUGAUUCAUGGAUUCGAAUUGCCCCUUCUUCUCGACGAUUCCAAUCACGAUCAGAUGUAUACAAUGUAGGAGAAGAGUAUUAUCAGGGUGGGGAAGAGGAGUUGCGACCAGAAUUUUUGUGCCCUUUCUGCGCUGAGGAUUUUGACAUUGUUGGCCUCUGUUGUCACAUUGAUGAAGAGCAUGCCGUUGAAGCCAAGAAUGGGGUUUGCCCUGUCUGUGCAAAAAGAGUGGGGAUUGAUCUAAUCGAUCAUGUUACCAUACAACAUGGAAAUCUUCUAAAAGUGCAACGCAAGAGGAGAUACCGCAGAGGUGGAUCUGGUACACCAUUAUCGAUUUUAAAAAGGGAGUUGAGGGAAGGAAACUUUCAAUCCCUCCUUGGUGGUUCCUCAAGCUUUAUCCCUUCCUCUACUUCUCAACCUGAUUCACUGCUAUCUUCAUUUAUAUGUAAUCCACCAGCAGCUGAUGAACCACUGACAGUUCAACCCUUCUCCUCAAGUGAAGCUCGCACCCAGUGGAAUGGCUCUGCUGAGGACUUGUCUGAGAGGAGUGCACAGCCAUCUCGGCUGUCAGAGAAGGACCAGGAAGAGAGGGGCCGGAAAUGUGAAUUUGUUCAGGGCCUCCUUCUAUCAACUUUUGUCGAUGAUGAUUUAUAAGUAUGCAGCAGCUGUGCUCAUUAUGUGCUAGGAAUUGGAGUUCUAGGUGGAGAGUGUGGCCAAGAGAACAUGCCACAUUGUGUAAUGGUUAAAAGGGUCUGUGGUUCAUUGUUGUAGAGGUUAUUAUGUAUUGUACAUAAAUAUAGAGGAAACGGUGAAGAAGUGGCUUUUAGUUGAUAUGUGCUGUGCGGUCGGUCCUGUACAGGGCCUUUUGAUCUUUUUCUUCGGUGUGUGUAAAAUGAUGAUGUGCCCCAAAUACACGGUUGCAACGAGGUAGACCUGGACCUCAAGCUAACAGCUUUGAGGAUGAGGAGCAGAUCCUUCAUCCUCGGCUCCCAAAUAGCCACCAAUUAGAAUGCUCUGAUAAUUUUUCUGC